UUUUAUUUUAAUUUAUGAUUCGUAUUUAAUAAUUACAAAGUUAAAUUGUGGAAACAGCUGGUCUUAAAGGAUAAUAUUAUGAAUAAGUAAAUAUUUAUAUUAAAGUUAUUUAGAGACCAUAAAAUAAAUUGGAAUGGUUUAAAAAUAAUGGAUGGGGAUAUAGAGAUACAAAAUUUGUAUUAGAAUAAGAUGGAGGUGUAAGAUUGACCGGAAAUAAAUACAGAUUUUCAAAUUAAAAGAUGAUGAAAUUUAAAGAAUGGGCAGAAUAAAAAGUUGGAAUAGAUUUGAGUCUUAAUUGUGAAGCAUAAAAUGAAAUUCCUGGAGACCCACCAAUAAUAAAUGAAUAAUUUAUGAAUGCAAUAAAAGGAUAAUUUAAUGAAAUUUCAUUUGAUAAUGGAUAAAGAAUAUUACAUUCACAUGGACAUACAAUGUAAGAGGUAUAUAUAUAUAUAAUAUUAUUUAGAUAUAUGAAUUGAGACAUGGUAAAUUAGCAAGAAUAGUAGAUUGUGUAGUAUUUAUAAAUUCUCAUGCUUAAGCAGAAUUAUUAGUGAAGUUAGCAAUGGAAUAUAAUGUAAUGUUAACAGUUUACGGAGGAGGAACAAAUGUAACAUGGGCAUUAUAAUGUCCAAAAGAAGAAAGUAGAAUGAUUGUAUCUGUAGAUACGUCAAGAAUGAAUCAUAUAAGAUGGGUAGAUAGAAAGAAUAUGACAGCAUUAGUAGAAACUGGUGUAACAGGAAAAGAUUUAGAAAAAGAACUAUCAAGGUAUGGAGUAGUUUGUGGACAUGAACCUGAUUCAGUUGAAUUUUCAACACUUGGAGGUUGGAUAAGUACUAGAGCUUCAGGAAUGAAAAAAAAUAGAUAUGGAAAUAUUGAAGAUAUUAUUUUAUCUGUUAAAGUUGUAACACCAACUGGCACAUUAUCUUAAAGUUUAGAUUAUCCUAGAGUUAGUAGUGGUCCAGAUUUAAAUUAAAUUGUUUUAGGAUCUGAAGGUACAAUUGGUAUUAUUACAGAAGCAGUUAUUAAAAUUAAAGCAUAACCUGAAGUAAUUUUAUUUUAUUUAUUUAAGGUUUGCAAAUAUGAAUCUAUUCUGUUUCAUAAUUUUGCUUUAGGUACUGAAUUUAUGUACAAAUUAUCAAGAAGUAAAGUAUGGCCAGCAUCUGUUAGAUUAGUUGAUAAUAAUCAAUUUUAAUUUGGAAUGGCUUUAAAAACUAUGCCUCAUAGUAAAAGGGAAGAAUUUAUGGAUAAAGUCAAAAAAUAUUUCAUUACAUAAUUUAUGUAAUAUGAUCCAGAUUAAAUGUGUUUGGUUACCGUUGUUUUUGAGGGAACUAAAUAAGAAGUUGAAUUCUAAGAAAAAAAAGUCUUUGAAUUAGCUAAAUUCUAUAAAGGUUUUAGAGCUGGAGCUGAAAAUGGAGAAAGAGGAUAUUUUUUAACUUAUAUGAUUGCAUAUUUAAGAGAUUUUGCUAUGUAAUUUUAAUUUAUUGCAGAAUCAUUCGAAACUGCUGUAGGAUGGAAGAAUGUUCCUGCUGUAUGUGAAAAUGUAAAAUAUUCUUUUAUUAUUAGAUAUAAAGAAGAAUAGUAGAAGAAUGUUCAAAAAGAGGAGUUGAAAAAGAACCAUUUGUUUCAUUUAGAAUUUCUUAGGUUUAUGAUACAGGAGCUACUAUUUAUGUUUAUUUUGGAUUUGGUUAUAAAGGAAUUGCUGAUCCUGUUAAAUGUUAUUCUGAAAUUGAAGAUGCUGCUAGAGAAGAGAUUAUGAAAAAUGGAGGAUCUAUUUCUCAUCAUCAUGGUAAUUCAUUAUAAUUUAUUAUUUAGGUGUUGGUAAAUUAAGAAAAUAAUUUAUGUAAAGAUAAAUUGGAGAUACUGGAGUAGAAAUAUUAAGAAGGAUUAAACAAUAAAUAGAUCCAAAAAAUAUAUUUGGAAAUUAGAAUUUAAUAUGAAAUAUUUAUGUGCAUC